AUGACAGCGCAAGUUUCUGUUACGAUCCCUAAAGUUAAAGUGUGGAGUUCACGGUGUACUGACGAUAAAUGCAAGGCCGCUGCACAGGGGGCAGCAGAAAAGGCAUACGAGGCAGCAGGGAAUGCCGCAGCUGCAGCGUAUUAUGCGAAGAAUGCCUUCAGAGCGGCUAUGAAUGCAAUACGGAUAUUUCGCGCGUUCGAUGGUGAUCGUGGCAAUGCUGAGAUCGUGACGAAGGCGACGGAGAAAGCGAAGAAAGCAGUGCAUCUUGCCAAACGUGCGGGGGACACUGCAACACUUUCGCAGAAUCUGUCGGAGGAAGCAAAAAAGCUACUGGUACCCUUUAAGCCGCCAGCAACGAAGGAUCCUCUUAAGAAGCCAGAAGGCAACGAUGCAAAUCUAAGAAAGGCAUACGACAGNAUCAAGGAGGCAAUUAAGACGGCACGCUCAGCAGCAAGGAGCGCUACGAAUGCAACAGCUUCGGCUACCAUGGCCGAGGGAAACUUUACGAACCGCGAUGAAUGGGGAUUGUUUUUCGCUGCCUCAGCAGCGGACCUCGCUGACUGGGUGGCGACGCAGGCUGGGAAGGCUGCAAAGAGCGCCGAGGGCGCAGCAACCGCCGCCGAGUUGGUGGUUUCCGCUCUGGGCGGCAAACCAAAAGAGCGGGAUCCUGCAACGGUGUUUGCUGCGCCCGAAAAUGAUCCUGACGCGGAGGAAGAAGUUACUCCGGUGCCAGAACAGCAGCCGAAGCCCAAGGAUGUGACCCCUUCUCCCCCACAAAUUGCACCCAUCAUUAACUCCGCAGGCAAGGCGCCGGAAGAAAAAAGUGAACCUAAGAGCGAGACGGUGACCGCCGCCUCAACGCCUCCACCCCCCGUUGAAAAGCCAAGCGAAACUCCCCCGCGUGAAGAUCCCUCCAAAGAGAUAAGCGGGGGCAGCCGAAACAUUGCAACGCGGGACGGCAGUGUCAACCCUGCGUGGGUAUGUGCGCCAAUGAUGUUACUGGUUAUUAUGGUGCCAGCCUUCAUUGGAGCGUUCUAA